GAAGGCCCUCUUUGACAAACUAUGAACCAUACUGUUUCCUUCUCUGUAAAUGAACUGAGCAUCAGAAUCUGAUCUUUGUGAGAAAGCAUUGCCCCAUCCAUGACCAUUUGUCCUCCCUAUCUCGUAAAGCCUUGACCACCGUUUGAGCAUCACCCGAAAAAAUUACAUCUUUUAUAUCAAUCUCUCUGCAUAGCUCUACUGUCCUCCACAUUCAGCAAGAAUAGGUUGGCCUAUGAAUUUCUUAGAAGCACACGAAGAAAUCAUGAUCUCUCCCUUGUAAUUUCUUGCAAUGAUACCUAUUCCAAUUUUCUGAUUUGCCACAUGAUUCAGUGUUGCAUCGAAAUUGAUUUUAGUGAAACCUUCUGCAGUGGAAACCACUUUGUUUCUCUUCUACUCAAGCGUUCCUCAUUCUGUUAUCCACCUCUCAGCCUUUGUGUUUCUCAAAAAUCUUCAAGUUAGAUUAUCACUUUACCUGAGCUAUCAAACUUGUUUUCAAAUAUUGUUUUAUUUCUUCUAGUCAAGAUUCCUUUAAAAAGCUCUUCUGCAUCAUUUCCCAUAGACGAAUAAACUCCACUUCACUAUUGCUCCACUUAUGAACAGGACUUUGCUUAUCUGCCCACACAUCACAUGCUAUAGGACAAGACCAUAAGACUCACGGAGUCAUUUCCUCUUCCCUACAACAUAUUGGACAAAUAGCAUCUUCCAAAAUAUUCUUUUGAUACAAUUUAUGCCUCGUGGGAAGAAUGGAGUUUAAAAAUUUCCAAAGAAACUGUAUUAUACAGGGCUUUGUCUAAUAGCGCAUGGAGGAUUAGAGGUUGGUGAGGGAGGGGGUACAUUCUUUGGCGAUAACUUAUAUUGGGAUUUUAUCGGAGAGAACAAUGUCCUCGAGAAGUGAGAGUCACACGGUGCCGCUUUCAGUGCUGCUCAAGCGUGAAUUAGCGAGCGAGAGGAUUGAGAGGCCGGAAAUUGUCCAUGGUCAGGCCAGCCAGAGCAAGAAAGGGGAGGAUUUUACCUUACUGAAAACGGAAUGCCAAAGGAUGGUUGGAGAUGGGGUCUCUACUUACUCCGUUUUUGGGCUAUUUGAUGGACAUAAUGGAUCUGCUGCUGCUAUAUACUCUAAGGAGAAUCUCCUCAAUAAUGUGCUAGGUGCUAUUCCUUUGGAUCUUAACAGAGAUGAAUGGGUUUCAGCACUUCCAAGGGCUUUGGUUGCAGGCUUUGUUAAAACGGAUAAAGACUUUCAAGACAGAGCACAAACAUCAGGAACAACUGCCACCUUUGUGAUAAUAGAAGGAUGGGUCAUAACUGUUGCAUCUGUUGGUGAUUCCCGUUGCAUACUUGAACCUGCUGAAGGUGGUAUUUAUUACUUGUCGGCAGAUCACAGACUUGAAUGCAAUGAAGAGGAGAGGGAGCGUAUCACUGCAAGCGGGGGAGAGGUGGGUCGGCUUAAUGCUGGUGGUGGUGCAGAGAUUGGUCCUUUGAGAUGUUGGCCUGGUGGUUUGUGUCUUUCUCGAUCAAUUGGUGAUAUGGAUGUUGGCGAGUUUAUUGUUCCUGUUCCUUAUGUAAAGCAAAUGAAGCUAUCUACGGCAGGUGGUAGGCUUAUUGUCUCAAGCGAUGGUGUUUGGGAUGCUUUGUCUGCAGAGACAGCUUUUGAAUGUUGUCGUGGGAUGCCGCCAGAUGCUGCAGCUGCGCAAAUUGUUAAAGAAUCAUUACAAGCAAAAGGACUACGUGAUGAUACAACCUGCAUUGUAAUUGACAUAUUGCCACAGGAGAAGCCUGUUGCUCCUUUGCCACCACCAAAGAAACUGGGAAAAGGUGUGUUCAAGUCUAUGUUUCGUAGGAAGUCCUCAGAAUCAUCUUCUUAUGCUGAAAAAGAAUACAUUGAGCCAGAUGUGGUGGAGGAAAUAUUUGAGGAAGGGUCUGCUAUGCUUUCAGAGAGGUUAAAUACAAAGUACCCGCUCUGCAACAUGUUUAGGUUGUUUACAUGUGCAGUCUGUCAAGUUGAGAUGAAGCAUGGAGAGGGUAUUUCAAUACAUUCUGCCUCAUCAAGCCCACAAAGGUUUCGUCCAUGGGAUGGCCCUUUUCUUUGCUUAAGUUGCCAAGAGAAGAAAGAAGCCAUGGAAGGGAAAAGACCAUCGGGAGAUGGACAUAGUAGCGGAAGUGACUAGUCAAAUCUCCUCAGCCAUAUUUAUAUUUUGAGAUCACUAACAAUUGUUUCAAAUUUGAUCCUCAACUGAAAGUUGAAGCUUCCUGAAAAUAUUAUUUCCCUUCAAUUUCUCAUGGAGGGUGUUCAGCUCUUGGAUCCAUUCGGCAUUCACUUCAGAAUCGUUUUGGACCACUUUUUUAAUGUUUCAUUCCUUCAAGUCAGCAGAUCACAGUUAGAGGUGUUUGCUUUUCUGAAGACCUGUUUUCUGACUUCCACAACAACUUUUCUAGCGCCUGCCUCCGUUAAAAGAGUUAUGGAAGCUUUGAUAAAUUCACCAGUGCAUAACGAUGCAUUGGAGGUAAUUCGUUUCUAUCUGAAUCCAUUCCCCUGUAUGCCAGUUCUGCCAUUUCAUGGAGUAACAAUUAAUGAAAGAGCCUUUGCUGUAAUAUUGUUAUAUGGGAAGUUUUAUGAGACCUCUUAUAGACUCAUUCCAAAUUUGGGAAACUUGUUUCACCAGCUUGCUGAAGGAAUGGGUUCAUGUAGCAUAAAAUUUCAUCCUUCCUUUGACAAGUAGGAAGGUGAACUUGUGGAAUAGAAAAUUAUCAUUGAUUUUUUUUGGAAGAGAAAUGUCUUACUCAUUGCUAACUUUUCUUUGUUUUGAUAGAUCUAUAACUGACUUGAAUACUCUUAAAAAGCUCAAGUAUGUAUCUGGUUACUUCUUUGUAA